GACUUCGUUCCCUGACGGCUCCGGAUUGGUCAGGGCGGGCUGAAACUCCGCCCCGCGCUCUCCACAUCCCUCUCGCGCCUCCUCCAGCGGCUCCAGAGCUGGAUGCCCGCGGUGAGGGAACGGAGGGCGAAGGAUUUGGGGGUCUCUCACGUCACUGGCAUCCCUCACCAGGCUGUGUGGGGCGAGGGGGGACCGCUUUCCCCAUGUUGUGGGCGUGCCGGCAAGUUUGCUGUGGGGGAAAAAAAAAUAAUCCAAGCUCCCCAGAAAGUCUUCUCUUUUUUUGUCCCCUCAAGAUAAGAACCUCUUACAGCAGGAAUCCAGGAUCAAGGCAUUUGACUCUGGCUCUGGCGACCUGCUGUCCCAUCUGUUAGCCAGCUCCCAGACCGGUGGGAGGUGGAAUAAGAGAAGCCGGGAGAGAGAAAGAGCAGGCGGAAGAAGAGUUAGUGGAUUAGCAUUAAUCCUCCAGCUUUGCACACUUCCAGCCAGACAGGAACAACGACCGGUGUAACAACAGCCUCCUUGAUCACUGCUUCUCCUCCCUCUGUCCAAGGAGAGAGAGACAGGGGUUCCAUCCUCUCUGCAUUCCUGAAGGCCCAAACCUGGAAGAAACAAAUUAGCCUGGUGGCUUCCUUAAAGCUGUGAAGAGACACUAUCUAGGGGAUCUACAGAGGUGGGUGGAAAUCAGAUGCCCACACCCAGCUGGAAACCUAGAGGUUCCACAACAGGUUGGUCUUGAAUAGGCUGGAAGAAAGACCUCUGAAGCAAGAAAGAAAGCAGAAGGACAAGUGAUGGAGGGAUCCUGGACUGUGACAGGUCACUGAGACACAAACACCUCCAGAGUUGUGCCCACCUGUCUUGAACGGCACCUCGCUGUAUUUCUGAGACAGUGUUUCGAUAAACGGGCUAGGAGAUGAGUCUUGGGAAGCUGCCGGUGAUUGGUUGGGUGUCUGGCUCUCACAGCAAGCGCCGUCUCAAAGUGGAGCUGACCCCGGACAUGAUCAGCCCACCACUGGGGGACUUCCGCCAUACCAUGCAUGUGGGUCGUGGCGGCGAUGCCUUUGGGGACACUUCCUUCCUCAGGAACCAUGGCGGCGAGGAAGCCAAGCCCAACAACUUCUUUGCUCGGACACUGUGGCACGUGAGGAGGAGCCCGCUAAGGAGCCGAGGAAGCAGGAACAAGGAUGAGGCCUCUCCUACGCCCCCUGCCAUCUCACCCAUCAUCAAGAACGCCGUAUCACUGCCGCAGCUCAAUGAAGGAAGCUACGGGAGCGAUGGCUUUGGAGUUCCCUUUGCCUUCAAGAGCACUCCCAACAGCUUCUCUGGCUAUGGAGUGGAAUCUGGAUUCUGCACCAUCCCUCGUGUUCCGCGCUCUGAGAAGACCCAGGAAAGCUCCCACCGUGCCGAAUCAGCACUGAAUCGCUCAGACUCCUUGCUGUCUUUUCGCCUUGACCUUGACCUUGGCCCCUCCCUGAUGAGUGAACUCCUCCAUGUCAUCAGCUUCUCGGGAGAUCACAGCCGCAGCAACACGGAAGAGGAGGAAAGAGGGGAGGGCAAAAUUUCAGCCUGCAGCAACACUGCCUCACCUCUUUGCCCAGAGGACACCAGUGGGGAGGACUCAUUACCCUGGAGACCAGGGUCUCUUCAUGCUAAAAGUGAAGAGAGCAAAACUGCAUCAAGCCUUUGGGUUCGCUCCGAGGCCAGUUCACCACUGGUGCAAUCCGUUUGUGCCAAUGGGGAUUUUCAUUCCAGAGAGUCGUCGCAGGAAGGGUCACCCUGCUCUAGGGGAAAGAACCCGCCCUCUGAGCUGGGAGCAGUGCCGAAAGAAACCCACUGGCAAGAGCACCAGAAUGGCUGCGACACGGAAGCAAGAGAAUUCAACCGGGCAGCCCAGAUUUUAGCUUCCUACCGCAGCCUGCAGCAACGAGAAGAGCCAAGAAACCAAGCCUCGUGGGAAAGCCCAGAUGCCAACAUGUGGCGACUGAAGGCUGAACAGCAGGAACGCAAGGCCAGAUGGCACCACAGAGUAGAGGAGGAGGAAGACGAGGAGGAGGAGGAAGAAGAAGAAGAAGAGUUCUACAGAGAUGGAGCAAGCAUUGCUAGGGAGGGGCACAGUGGUUCCUUUGACUAUGUUGAUGAGGAGGACGAUGAAGUUAAGGUUUGAACAGCUGUAGAUGCUCUCUUGUGACCUCCCAUCACACUCCCAGGGAGAGACCAGUGUUAAAGGGAAC